ACUUCCAAUCCACUCAGAACAACCCUCUCCCUCCAGCAGAGAGUGUCACCUCCUGCUUUAGGAUCAUCAAGCUCUGCUGACUGGAUCUCACCCUGCCUGGAGGAUCAUAUUGCAAGAAUUUCACCCUUGCCUACCUUGCCUGGGGGUAAAUCUCUUCUGAGGAAUCUCAGGAAAUCAAAUUCCAUCCUAAAACUGUUUUUACUAAGAAUUUCCCUAGGAGCUGUGUUGGGGUCCUGCGAUGAUACACCAGCCACUUGUGCUGCCACCCAUCAAAACCUUGGAUGGCCCUACUUUCAGAAUAGCCUUCUAGUAUAGGAACUAUUUUGAAAAGGACAAAACUAUUCUUACAGAAGUUGUUGAACUUGCAAGUGUUGAGAAUGAGGUCAUGACGCCUGGAUUUAAGAAAUUACUUAAGACAAUGUCAAAUAUGAUUCAAGAGAAAAUGUGAUUUGAGUCUGGAGACAAUUGUGCAUAUCAACUAAAAAUAAAAAUCCAGUAUAAUUGAUAGAAGAGAAAACAUUAUUCAGAAGAUUGCUACAAUUGAAAAGAAAGGCUGCUUGUAGUUUGAUUUAUAUUAUAUUGCACAUUUUGACUUUAAUGAUGGAGAAAAAGUGUAUCCUGUAUUUUCUGUUUCUCUUGCCUUUUUGUACGAUUCUUGUCAUAGCAGAAUUGGAAGAAGAGGAGAGCCCUGAUCACGUAAUUCAGUUGGGUGUUACUAGAAAUAAAAUCAUGACAGCUCAGUAUGAAUGUUACCAAAAAAUUAUGCAAGACCCUAUUCAACAAACAGAAGGCAUUUACUGCAACAGAACCUGGGAUGGAUGGCUGUGCUGGAAUGACGUUGCUGCAGGAACCGAAUCAAUGCAACACUGCCCCGAUUACUUUCAGGAUUUUGAUCCUUCCGAAAAAGUUACAAAGAUCUGUGACCAAGAUGGAAACUGGUUUAGACAUCCAGCAAGCAACAGAACAUGGACAAAUUAUACCCAGUGUAAUGUUAACACACAUGAGAAAGUUAAGACUGCACUGAAUUUGUUUUACUUGACUAUAAUUGGACACGGAUUAUCUAUUGCAUCACUGCUUCUCUCGCUUGGCAUAUUCUUUUAUUUCAAGAGUCUAAGUUGUCAAAGGAUCACCUUGCACAAAAAUCUGUUCUUCUCUUUCGUUUGUAACUCUAUCGUAACAAUAAUUCAUCUCACAGCAGUGGCCAACAACCAGGCCUUAGUGGCCACAAAUCCUGUUAGUUGUAAAGUGUCUCAGUUCAUUCAUCUUUACCUGAUAGGCUGUAACUACUUUUGGAUGCUCUGUGAAGGCAUUUACCUACACACACUUAUUGUGGUGGCUGUGUUUGCAGAGAAGCAACACUUGAUGUGGUAUUAUUUUCUUGGCUGGGGAUUUCCAUUAAUUCCCGCUUGUAUACAUGCUGUUGCUAGAAGCUUAUAUUACAAUGACAACUGCUGGAUCAGUUCUGAAACCCAUCUCCUCUACAUUAUCCACGGCCCAAUUUGUGCUGCUUUACUGGUGAAUCUUUUUUUCCUAUUAAAUAUUGUACGUGUUCUCAUCACCAAAUUAAAAGUUACCCAUCAAGCAGAAUCCAAUCUCUACAUGAAAGCCGUGAGAGCUACACUUAUCCUGGUGCCAUUACUGGGCAUCGAAUUUGUGCUGAUUCCAUGGCGACCAGAAGGAAAGAUUGCAGAGGAGAUAUAUGACUACACCAUGCAUAUCCUUAUGCACUUUCAGGGUCUUUUGGUUUCUACAAUUUUCUGCUUCUUUAAUGGAGAGGUUCAAGCGAUUCUGAGAAGAAACUGGAAUCAAUAUAAAAUCCAAUUUGGAAACAGCUUUUCCCAUUCAGAUGCUCUCCGUAGUGCAUCUUACACAGUGUCAACAAUCAGUGAUGGUACAGGUUAUAGUCAUGACUGUCCUAGUGAACAUUUAAAUGGAAAAAGCAUUCAUGAUAUUGAAAAUGUUCUCUUAAAACCGGAAAAGUUAUAUGAUUGAUAAUAGAGGGAGUAUUGCUUAAGCAUUUUUGCCACUCCUAACUCAAGGACUUGGAUCCAUGACUAAACAACCAGAGGACUUCAAUAUUACGUGUAUUUCUUAAAUGCCACAAAGAAAACAUGAAUUCAGUAGUGUGUUGAGAAAGGUUUAACAACUAGUUCUGUGGGAGAAAAAAAGCCCUAAUUUGUACUAUUUGCCAGUUUCUAUGGAGUAAAUUAUCUCACCAUAGCUAUUUCAAGCUAUCACCUUGACAUCACUGAAUGGAGAAUUGGGAAAAGAUGAGCACAGUCCAUUUGUAGACUGAUGUGAGCGAGCUCCAGCACACCACUGCAUGAACUCACAAAAGAGUAAGACUGAAAGUUCACAAACAUUGGGCAUAAUUCUACUCUUGUUGGCUCAAGAGACCUGUCUAAGGCCUAUAGACUUGGAGAGGAAAUUGCCUUUUCAUUUCUUUGUUUUUAAAAUCUUUUAUCCCAUAUUCAUUGGUGCAGUUGAUUUUUUUUGCUCAGAAAGUAUCCUAGCCCUUUUUAUAUUUACUCUUUCAAAUGGACCAGACAGAGAGUUAAUUUUCCUGUUGGCUUUUCCUUUUGUCCCCAAGAAAUGCAACUGAGCAGAAUUGCUAUUAGCUACUCAUUUACUGAUACAUCAUAGUUAUACCUUGUGUCAUAUCCAUUUUUGAGACUUGAUGAAUAGGAUGUAUGAUAUGCAGUCUACUUUGAUGCUGUUAGGGAGACAUGUUGGUUGAUACUACAGAACACCUUGUCAGCCACUUCCCUAUCUUACGACACAAAUGGGAGGGAAUCAGUUUCCCUGUAUCUGUAAAUAAAAACUUUUUCCCCUUCCAUUUCUACUGUGUAGACAAAUUAGCAGUUAUUUUACAUGAAAGGAAUCAAUGAAGGAUCUUAUUUUCUGGGAAGUUUGUAAAAAAAAUUGUUGCUAAGAAUUAGCUUGUAAAUAUUCUGUUAAUCUGUUGUAUAGUCUCAUAUCAAAUACAUACAAUUCAGGUAAAUUUCUAAAAAAACAAAUACAUAAUGAACAAUGUAUGCAUAUUAAUAUCUGAUACUGUGUCUGGGCUGGUUUUAUAAUAAAAUAGAGUCUGGAAUUCUAUGUUUGCUAAAUAUUUUAAAGACAACCAGAUGCCAGCAUCAGAAGUUUGUUUGAGAACUAAGAGAACAAAAGUAUCUAUGAUAAGAUGAAAAAUAUUUAUUAAAAAAGUUAAGUCCAUUAUUUUAUUGAAUAUUUUAGCUUUGGUGAUUCAUACUUUAAUAAUAGGUAUGUUUGACAUAUUUCUACUUUUAUUUUGACGAUGAACUUGUAUUCUAAUCCAGAAAUUUUAAAAGACUCCUACUAUAUACUAAGUGCCAAACUGCUACUCUUAUGAUCUUUACCCAACUAAAAAUAUUGCUUUUCUGACUUUUACUGUAUGAAGAUAUGUAGGUUUGGAAAUGUUCCAGGCUAUUUUUUAAAAACUUGAGGAAUACAAUAUAUAUCAUAUACAAUAUUUUAAUAUAGUGAUUAUGAUCAUAUGAUAAUAGAAAUCAGUGAAAGACUUGAAUAUAUCAAUGAGGAAGAACUGUGGUCAGAACGUUUAUGUAAUAAUUACAUUAAGAUGGAAGAAAGCAUUGCUAAUGAAUUUAAGUGACAUUUAAAUGCAACUCAGUUUCUCUAAUGUUAUUUUCCACUGGAAUUUCUGAAAAACAGAAAUGACUUCAAUUAGUAAAAGUCAGUUUGGAAACAA